GCGACCACGCAUAAAGAAAGCUCAAAAAUUAAAACCUUUUGUAAUAAAAGGAAAAUCGAAGCCGUAAAAGAAAAUUAAUUUUGUCUUGAGUUCUGUUUCUUCUUGUAGCUUUGAAGCUAGAGAGAGAGAUCAAGUGAGUGAGAGUGGUGUGGAAGCAAAAUACACGAUCUGCCCCUUUUUUUUUUAUUCUUCGAUCGGAGCUUUCAGACAUUCCGACAAAAGCAAAUAAAAGGCUUCUUCUUUUGUUUCCGGGAGAGAUUUGUCUCCCUCUGUUUAGAAAAUGGAGAGGUACGGUCGCGCCGGCGAAGAAGGGUCGCGAUCGGAUCCGUCGAUUCAGUGGACCUCUCAUGGAGUUGAAGCUUCGAUGACGCGUUUAGUGUUGAGCGGCGGCGGAGCUGGAGGAGGAGGAGAAUCGUACCCGGAGCGAUCCGAUGAGCCUGAUUGUAUUUAUUACUUGCGAACCGGUGUCUGCGGUUAUGGGUCAAGAUGUCGGUUUAAUCACCCGCGAGAUCGUGGAGCUGUUAUUGGAGGUGUGAGAGGAGGAGGAGGAGGAGAUGGUGCUUUACCGGAGAGGAUGGGACAUCCGGUUUGCCAGCAUUUUAUGAGAACGGGGACAUGUCAGUUCGGUGCUUCUUGCAAGUACCAUCAUCCUAGACAAGGAGGUGGUUCUAUUGCGCCUGUCUCUUUAAGUUAUUUGGGAUAUCCAUUACGCCCGGGAGAGAAAGAGUGCUCUUAUUACAUGAGAACCGGUCAGUGUAAAUUUGGUUUGACCUGUAGAUUCAACCAUCCAGUUCCAUUGGGCGUACAUGGACAACAACCUCAGCAGCAGCCAGCACAGCCGCAGAUGCAUUCUGUAUAUCCAACUCUUCAAUCUCAAUCCAUGCCUUCAUCUCCUCAACAAUAUGGUUUAGUUUUGUCAAGACCUUCUCUUUUACCUGGUUCGUAUCUUCCAAGUCAUUACGGUUCUCCUCCUCCUCCGAUGGUUAUGCCUCCGGGAAUGGUUACAUACCCUAGUUGGAAUCCAUACCAGGCUUCUAUAACUGCAAUGCCUUCUCCUGGAACACAACCCUCUAUUGGAUCAAGCUCUGUUUAUGGAAUGGCGUCUUUAUCUCCUCCAGGGACUGCUUAUACAAGAGCAUACCAAUCUGGUGGGCCUUCUUCCUUGACUACCUCAACAGAACAACAGUCUUUUCCUCAGCGACCUGAUCAACCUGAGUGUCAAUACUUCAUGAGAACCGGAAACUGUAAGUUCGGAUCUUCGUGUAGAUACCAUCAUCCUCUAGACGCAGCUCAACCUAAAACUGGUGUUGUCCUCAGCUCCAGUGGCCUUCCACUUCUUCCCGGCGUAGCGCAAUGCACUCACUUUGCGCAACACGGAAUCUGCAAGUUUGGACCGGCGUGUAAGUUUGAUCACUCGAUGAGUUCUUCACUUAGCUACAGCCCGUCUGCUUCUUCUCUAACCGAGAUACCUGUUGCUCCAUACCCAAUCGGAUCAUCCUCACUCAGCGGCGCAUCAGCUCAAGUAAGUUCGAGCAAUGAACCCACCACAGAGGCUGUGACUGCUGUAGUUUCUCCUCCAACAGUCGUCAGUGGCUUGAGCCUUGAAAAGCCAGCUGACACUAGUGUUGACUCUUCUAGCGUCAAUAGCAGCAUAGAAGCUAAGACUUCUUCAAAUUAAAACAAAAGAGAGAAGAAUACAUACUCUGAUUCUUCGUGAACUUAAACAACAUUAAGAAAAGAGAAGAUUAUUUUUGGGGUCUGAGAUUUGAUGGAAGCAGAGAGAAACCAAAACCAAAGCUUCUGUCAUAUACCAUUUGUCCAUAUAUAAAUAGAUUCUCUCUCAUACGGCCAUCUCUCUUGUUUUUUUCUUUCUUGAACAACGAUUACUACUAAUAAAUGGCCUUAUUCACGCCA